AAAACUACUAGGUAGGUCACUUUAAUAUAUGAGACUCCCAAGAGAAGAGACAAAAGAUAUAUAUGUAGUGCAAUAUGAAUCAGAUGACAAGGGGUUGUGGUCCAAGAAGAAUUGCAAAGGCAAGAAUUAUGCAUACCCUAAAAGUUUACAUAUAUGGCUGUUAUCAAGAAUGGCUCAACAAGAACAAAACCAGAAGUACAGUAACAGUAGUAGUGGUGGCUGUACUGGUGGUAUUGUUGCUCGAUCUUCGAAAAAACUGAAGCAAAAGAAAGUACCUCAGAGAGGACUUGGUGUCGCGCAGCUUGAGAAGAUCAGAUUGGAAGAGCAGCAGAAAAGAGAUGCGGUUUUUCAAGUGCCAAGUGCAAUUGUGUCCCCGAGUAACUCCUCUUCUUGCUUGGCUUCUCAGAGUUCGAGUUUUAGGCCUGAUGUUUCUUCGUAUUUAACAUCCACCUCUCCAAUUGAUCACCCUUCUGCUAACAAAAUAAACAGACUGCCACCCAUAAUCCCGAAUAGGAAUGAGAUUGUUCGGUCCAAUUCUGUGUCAAACAAUGGUGGUAGUGAAUGUGACAUGGCGUGGCAAGACAUUACAGGCGCAGGGCGUGGUAGCUGGUCUAAGUUAUGGAAUGAUGAAUAUAAUCUUGAAGGCGAUAUCAGUUACAAGCUGGAUCAUCAGGGAUCCAGUGCAUCGCGUUCAAGUGUAAAUUUGCUUUCUGAAACCAAAAGCCUGAUGUGGCCUUUGCCCGGUGUUAUGCCAAGAUCACACUCAUUUCAGGAAGCUUGUCCUUCCUCCAUGGUGAAUGUUUCGAUAGGGACUUCAUCAUCGUCUGUUAUGAAUUUCCAGACAGAGCCCCCUUCAAACCAAAGAUAUCGUGGCAACAAAUCUAUGCCUUUGUGGCCAGCAGAAGAAAGAAUGGCUGGACUAAAGAGAUCGUAUCCCUUCUCAGUAGACGAUGCACCAGUCCCCUCUUUCAGCUGCAAAUUUCCUCCCACAUAUGCAUCCCAUAUCCCGCGAACAGAUGAAUCAGCAUCAUUCAGCAAUGACGGUACAUUUGAUUUUGUACCAGCCAAUCCACUCCUGAUAGAAGGGCCUUCGGGUUCAGGUGGAAUGUCUGAGCACAACAAGAAGAAUCUUGUCAAAGAAAACGGAGGCUUUAAUAAACACUUCCUCACGCUGGCGCCUCCAAUACCAAAGGAAACUGCACCCUAUCUAGACACUUGCAUUCCCGAGCUUCCUGACUUCGAUGCCUUACCUUAUCAGGGAGCACCAGAUGAUCUAGUUCGCUUGCCAGGACUAAUCCGAUCAGUCGAGCAGCCAUUCUUCAGCUUCUUGCCAUCAGCGCAAAAUGGUCGAUCAACAGUCACUAUAAGCAACAGCAAUGAUGCCGUAGAAAAUGUUGAUCUGAGUUUGAAGUUAUAAGGCCAGUCUUUCCCCAGACCAGCUCAGACAUUCUCUCUUAGGAGAAAAUCGACGAUUUUCGAUAGUAAUUUUCACAUGUAACUUCUGUAUGGUGAUGAAUGUCUUGUAAGGUUGAGUUUUAAGCAACCCUAAACAUCUGUCAUAUGAGAUUACCCAGAUUAGGGAGCGGAGAUCUCAAGAUUUAGAAGAAAUUUCCGGGUUUUAUAAAAGUGAUGAAGCAAAUGUUGUGUUGUUCUAAUCUAUGAAGUCAUAAAAAUUAAUUAGUUUUAAUUUUUUCCGUUCACCA